AGGGCCGCCGUCCAUCGAGCGGAUUGUAUGGUUCGUGCGUCUAUACUCUGAAUCGAAGACCACAGCAGCGUAGCAGACGCCUCGCAGGGCCGCGCCUAGCAGAGAUGGUGUGGGGAUUUGUAACGUGUGGGCCUAAUGAGGCCCUUGUCAUAUCAGGAUGUUGUUACCAAGGAAAGCCAUUGACGGUAGUGGGAGGACGCGCAUUUGUUUGGCCAUGUAUUCAGAUGCUUCAAAGGAUAUCGCUCAACGUGAUGACUCUCAAUGUUGAGUCUCCACGAGUCUACACUGCACAAGGAGUUCCAAUCUCUGUCACGGGCAUUGCACAGGUGAAAGUACAGGGUCAGUAUGAAGAAAUGUUACUGGCUGCCUGCGAGCAGUUCUUGGGCAAGUCGGAGUCCGAGGUUCAACAAGUGGCACUGGAAACGCUUGAAGGACACCAGCGUGCCAUCAUGGGGUCCAUGUCUGUUGAGGAGAUAUACAAGGACCGUAAAAAAUUCAACCAAAAUGUUUUUGAAGUUGCAUCCAGUGACUUGAUAAACAUGGGCAUCACUGUACUCUCGUACACCCUUAAAGACAUUCAUGAUGAUGAGACCUACUAUGCAAAGGGCUACUUAGAUGCUCUGGGUAUGGCCCGAACUGCUGAAGUAAAGCGCGAUGCCCGUAUUGGUGAAGCAGAAGCAACCAAAGACUCGCAGAUUAAAGAAGCAAUUGCUGAAGAAGAACGAAUGGCUGCUAAAUACAUCAAUGACACUGAGAUUGCCAAGGCUCAGAGAGAUUUUGAACUGAAGAAGGCAACAUAUGAUAUGGAAGUUCAAGCAAAGAAAGCAGAAGCUGAACUUGCUUAUGAACUUCAAGCUGCCAAGACACGUCAAAAGAUUAAGGAGGAGCAAAUGCAAAUCAAGGUUAUAGAAAGAGCUCAAGAGAUUCUUAUCCAAGACCAGGAAAUUCAGCGUCGAGAGAAGGAGCUAGAGGCCACAGUGAAACAGCCAGCAGACUCCGAAAAGUUUAAGUUGGAGAAAUUGGCUGAAGCUGCUCGCACCAAGACCAUGCUGGAGGCCGAAGCCGAGGCUGAAGCCAUCCGAGUCAAGGGUGAAGCAGAGGCAUAUUCUGUGGAAGCCAAGGCCAGAGCUGAAGCCCUCAUCAUGAUGCAGAAGGCUGAAGCACAGAAGGAGUACAAGGAGGCUGCCAUGUUGGAAAUGUUCCUGGAAACCCUGCCUAAGGUUGCUGCUGAAGUCGCUGCACCACUCUCACAGGCCAAGAAGUUAACCAUGGUGAGCAGUGGUAAAUCUGAGAUUGGUGCAGCCAAGCUUACGGGAGAGGUCAUGGAGAUCAUCACUCGUGUGCCACAAAUGGUCAAGACCUUGACGGGUGUUGACAUAACCAAGAGCAUCCGCACUGUGUAAAGGUUGGCCAUGGUACAUGUUAAAGGAGCUGUAUCUUCCAUCAGAGGUUAACACAAAGGAAAGCAUUUAUGUUACAGAUUAGGUUUAUAUGGAAAUUAUUUUCCCAGUACUAAGUGUUCUCAAAUAUAAUAUUAGCUAAUGAGCUUAUUUGUAGAUCUUAAAUAACAUUGACAAGGAAUUGAUUAAAGUAAUACACAUACUAUAUGUGAAACAUUAAGUAUUUUUUUUUUUUUUUAAGAAUGAUGUCUUGUUUUUUAACAGUACAGGCAUAAAGUACAAGUAUUAUAUUCUUUUACAUUCAUAUUUAUACUGUUCUGAUUUCUAAGCAAGUGUCAUUUUACUAUCACUUGCUAGUAAAUAUGCAUGACAGCAGUCAUUAUAGUUAACUAUUACUGAGGCCUUAUCAGAACCUUAAAUUCCUGUAAUCCCCUUCAAUCUAGCAUUGUUAGAAUUGCAGUACUUGCUUUAUACUUAGUCGUAAAAAAAUGCUGUUUCAAACUGUGGCCAUAAAUAAAACAUGGAUGCUUCUUUAGCCAUCUUUAUUUUAUUUGUGUGUGUACAUGGGUGCAGUGGUUUAUACUAUAUGUGCAUGCAUGUGUGUGUACAUGUGUGUGUAAAGAAAUAUGAAUAUGAUUGGUGAAUGGAUUACUAAAGGACUUUUAAAAAUACAGUAUAAACAAAUGUUAUUACUACAUAUUUGGUCUGAGUAAUGUGGGCACCAACUUAACUCAGGCUUGUUCUGAAGUUUCUAACGAGGACAACUUUCUCAGAUACAGUACUGUAUUUUCUGUGAUCCAUUAUAAAGGGUCACAGUAUUCAAUGUCCAACAAUCUUUUGUGUUGAAGUUUCUCAUAUAUGUAUAGACAGAACCAUUUUUGAAUUUCAUUUGGUUACCUCAGGAUUGUAAUAUUAAGUGUCUGAUGUUGGUACAAACUGUACUAACAGGUAGCAGUCCUCACAAAUUUGUUCACUGCCACACUUAGUUUCCGUUUCUGUUACUUUAAUUGUCUGUUAUAUUUUUGUUAGCUAAGGCUAGAAAUUUUGUAUUGUUAUUAUAUUAUAUCGAGUAUAUGGCUAGAAGUUAGCAGUGAAUUAGCUGGUGUAAUUUACAGCUUAUUCGUGACAAAUAAAAGAUUCAGUUGAGGGUUCUCAGUCAUUUGCAGUUGCCUGGUAUAUUCCACACACACACACUUUACCAAUAAGGUACCCGGGAGUUAGUUGCCUGUUGUGGGCAGUGUUCUGUACCAUCCAUCACCAUCUGCAAAAUGUACAAAAUAAUGCGAUAGUGUUCCGUAACUUGAUUUAGUUUGUUUACAUGCAAUGAAAACUUUAAAAAUGGAACAUGAGUUAUAUACUGUAUAUCUUUUGAACAUACUUUUAUACUGUGCAUUCAGCGAGUUUGUCAUUAUAGUGUUCUGAGCACAAACUCUUGCCUUUACAUUUUAGAGAUAAAUGAUGAUCCCCUAAUUGAAAUUUUAUUGUGCCCCAAUUAGGAUACUUUUCAUAGUAGAUUAGUAAGAACUGAAAAAAAAAUCUGUACAAAUCCCUUUGAUACCAAAGUACUUUAGAUACUUUUAUUUUGUUGUACAGAUCAUGAUUGCUAUAAAACAAGGCAAUCAGGCUUAUAAUUUUUGGCAUAUUGCAAUUUUCAAGUUAACAGUUCAUUCUAGUAAGAAAAAUAAACCAACUGAAUUAUUAAUUCCUGCUCAACAGCAUUGCAGAUCGCUAGUUGAGGUUUUAUAUAAAUUUAUCCAAUUGCCCUUGUGUGAAAUUAUAUUCGUAACUCCAGAAUGUUUAUACUGUAUUCAUCUAUUGUAAACGGUCAUAUUUAUGGAAAUCACUGAAGAAUGAGUUGUAGUUUUUGAUGCCUACACAGGAGAAAACUUUAUCAAAUUGCUCUUUGUGAAUGUUAAACAUAUAUAAUUAUAUAACAUUUUUUCCUCAUUCAAAUCAUAUAGCAAUUAUUCAUCGUGUUGAGUGUUACAAAAAGUAUGUAUAUUCUCUAUACUUUCUGCUACACAUUGAAAAAAAAAAUAAAAAAAAUAAAAUCUUAAUGUGUG